UUCAAGACCACAGUCACCCAUGCAUGUUGAGGUAUCCCCUAUAGUACCUUAUUACGUUGGUACUCAACCAUCCGGCAGUCAUACAUAUGAACAGUCGAGUCAGAGGAUGGGACAAACAUUUGGAUUUGAAGAGAUCCACGAUUUAUUGAAGUCCCAACAAAAAAUUAUAUUGGACUUUCAAGUAUCGGAUGACAGUCGUCUAACACAGUUAGAGAAUACAAUUUUGGAAUUUGAAGACUCUGUUUAUAGUCGACUGACAACGUUAGAGAAUACAGUGACCGACCUAAAGUUACAUGUCGUGCGAGUAGAAAAAUCAAUUAAACAAGCGCCGGUGGAAUUUCCGAGAAGGUGGGUUAAAGAAUCCCCACAACGAAGCUUGAUCAAAAGGAUUAAGAAUAGGUUAAAUAGAAGAAGAAAGUCUCUUUGCUCCCCAUAUGUUGUUUUUGAAAGAAAGCGAAAGAAAGAACCCAAUAAGGAAUCGGUUGAAAAUAAAGAAGAAGAAGAAGUUGUCGUCGACCAGGUUAAUAAAUUUCAAGAAGAGGUUGAAUCAGUACAUAAGGAGGAAGAAGCGCUCGAGCCAGUCACUCAUUAUGUUAGCGAGGACUACCCAGACAAGGUAUGGAAUGUUAGGUUUAAUUAUUUAAGUUUGUUCAGCAAAGAUUAUGACUUCAUUAUAUUACAGGUCCAGCCAGCAGCAGAAGUAAUCAACUUUCCGGCCAGGGAUGAAAUUCCUGAUUAUAUGCGGGAGACAAUUGAUAUAUGCUGUAGAAAAUAUACCGACUUCGGUGACCUACUAAUUGACAUGGGACAUAUUUCAGUGCCGAGACGUUAUAUUGAUGAGUUUUUGGGAAAUGGUUGGUUAGGUAAUGAGCAGGUUGAUUGUUUUGCCAUGUUGAUGGAGAAUAAGCGGUGUGCUGCACCACAACUAUAUAGAUCUUAUCUAUAUGUAUCACCAUGCCACUGGUUGUAUAGACAAGGUAAUGUGAAACCCUUCGUCGAACAUAUUACAAAGGAUGCUAUCCAGAAUACAGAAUUAAUAUUGAUACCUAUAAUAAAUAAUCAACAUUGGAUACUCCUUGUUGGGACAAUGAAUGAGAGUAAAUGGAGAGUUUAUGACUCCUUACCCAACCGGAUGCAUUUGGCCAUCACACAAAGCAUUAUUGAGCAUUUCUUGAAGGAUACCAGUGAUGCUUUCGAGGAGAAAUUGAUUAAGUGGCCAGUUGUAAUGACCAGGGGAAUACCAGUGCAAAGUAAUAGUUAUGAUUGUGGUGUUUAUGUUUGUAAAUAUAUGGAGACACUUGUUCGGAAAGAGAAGGUAAAUUGGGCGGAGAAAAAAGACUGGCAGGAAUUAAUGCAUUUAUUCAGAGCAGAGAUUGUGUACGACAUCUGUAAAUUUGCUUUGGAUAAAUCAGAAUAGGUUUCAAAGUUCAACAUUUAUAU